UUUAUUUGUGUGGUUUGUUUUACAAUAUUGUGUUAAGUUCAAAGUAAAGAUGACGUUUCUGGAGGAGCGCGACUUCUCCGAUGUGCCCACCAUCCCGGAGUACUACAAAGGCAAAACUAUAUUCAUCACGGGAGGCUCAGGCUUCAUGGGCAAGAUCCUGAUCGAGAAGCUCCUCUACUCUUGUCCGGAGUUGGACCGCAUCUAUCUGCUGCUGCGGAACAAGAGGGGCAUGAGGCCGGAGGACAGACUAGCUGACAUAUACAAAUCACCUUGUUUCGAGCGCCUGCGCAAAGAAAGGCCAGACGCGUUUAUGUCCAAAGUGUUCUUCAUAGCUGGCGAAGUCAAUGAAUUGGAUUUAGGUAUGUCCGAUGAAGACUGGAGUCUCAUCGCCAACAGAACUCACAUCAUCUUCCACGUCGCCGCCAGCGUCAGAUUCGACGAUCACUUGACGAAGGCGACGAAUCUCAAUGUCCGGGGGACGAGGGAGUUGGUGCGGCUGGCUGGAGACGCGUCACGAUUAGAAUGCUUUGUACACGUGUCUACUUCCUACGCGAACACCGACCGCAAUCCUGUAGAGGAGGUGAUGUACCCGGCGCACGCGGAUUGGCGCGACACCCUCCAUAUGUGCGAGACCAUGCCGCCAGAUGAUGUGCAGGUCGUCACGCAUAAAUAUUUAGGAGAAAUGCCCAACACAUAUGUGUUCACGAAGCAGCUGGCAGAACACGUUGUGUACGAGCAGAAGGGAAAACUGCCCAUCAUCAUCAUCAGGCCUUCUAUAGUCGUAUCAAGCCUGAAGGAGCCAAUACCGGGUUGGAUCGAGAACUUCAAUGGACCCGCCGGGAUUAUUGUCGCGAGUGGCAAAGGUUUGAUAAGAGCUAUAUACUCGGACCCGAAGAUCACAAACGACUAUAUACCCGUAGAUGUGAUCACCAGGGGCAUCGUAGCCUCGGCAUGGUGUAGAGGAACUAAAAAAUUCAGUCCCACGGACGACAUACCGAUAUACAACAUGUGUUCCGGCGGAUACAACUGUGUGUCCUCCCUCGACCUGGUGAAGAUGGGGGAAAGCCUCACCCAGGAGUGCCCGCUCGACAGUGCGCUGUGGGCGAGGUGCUCCACUGUCACGGAUAGCAAGCUGCUGUAUAACUUUAAGGCACUUUUCUUCCAACUCAUACCGUCGAUGUUAAUAGAUACUCUACUGUGGCUGCUCGGGAAGAAACCACUACUAGUCAAGAUUCAGCGCAAGAUCUACACGGCUAACUACAUAGCGUUAGCCUACUACAGUACUCAGGAAUGGACGUUCAAAAUAGACAAUUUCCUUAAACUACGGAGCGUUUUAAAAGAGGAGGAUAAAGAAGAUUUCUUCUACGAGCUCGAGAAUAUCGACAUCUACAACUACUUCAAGGUGUGCGUGUAUGGCGGCAGGAAGUACCUGAUGAAGGAGAAGGAUGAGGAUCUUCCGGCAGCCAAGGUGCACGAUACGAGAAUCAGACUUAUAGCUAAGAUCACCAACCACGUUUUCUAUGGCCUCGUGUUUGUGUGGAUGUGUAACAAGAUAUGUCAAUGUUUGUCGCCGUAUUAUAUUAGUUUUUAACAUAUUUUAUUGUAGGUACUAUCAGA